UAAACGCUAGAUGUCUCUGAUUUAAGAGAAUGCAAAAACUUUCAUCUGUCGAAUGUAUUUUAUCAUUGCUGAAAUUUAUAUAAUUUCGUGUUAACUUAGAUUGAAAAUUUCUAGAAACAUUUCAAACUAAUUUAUGAAUGAAUUAUAAAUUGUAAAUAAGAUUUACUAUAAGACUGAAUUUUAUUUAUUACAAAAUGCAACGAACACUGUUGUUCAAGAAAUUUUUGAUGCCGUGUGGACUUUGCGCUGCAGUACCAGCAAUAAAACCUGCCAAUCCACCAGAAGAGCAGACUAAACCAUGUUGUAACGAGACAAAAUCAGAAAAGUUAAUAAAGCCAUCAAAACUACCCAUUUAUGCAAUUGAAGAUGUGUAUUCUGAACAGGUGCCAUGCCCAGAAUAUUCUCGAUCUAUUGUAGAGGAAAAUAUUAGAAAAGUACGUAUACAAAUACAAGAAUUAAGUCAUGUGUAUGACGAUGUUUCUAAGAAUGUUUCAGCAACCGUUGAUAAUUUUAAAUUCAUAAUCAAUUAUCUUCAAGAUGAAGUCAAUCUCAUGCCACGACUUGGAGCUGUUGGUAUUGGUGGGUUAUCAGGAUUUAUACUAGGUCUUAGAGGAGGUUUUUUUAAAAGAUUAGGAUAUACUACAGUAGGAACUGGUAUUGCUGCAGCUGUUUGUUUUCCUAAGGAAACUAAAGAAGCAUUUAAUACGGUAGAACAUUACGGACAUAUCACAUACAAUUUUAUUUAUGGUGUUAAGCCAGGAGAUAACAAAGAGGAAACUUCAUUUAGAGAGUUACCAUUAGUAAAAAAUGUACUUGAAUCGGAAUACUUUCAAUUAUUGACACGGCCAUUUGAACAGAAAGUAUCAAAUACUGCAACUGAGAAAAAGGAGGAAAAUCCACCAAGUAAAUCAGAAGUGAAGAAAGAAUGAACUUUUAUAUAUAAAGUAGCAUAUGAAUAUUUUCUGAUAAUGGGAUGCAGAAAUUAUACUAUGUUUUAAUAGAAAUGUGAUAUAUACUAAUAAAAAUAUAAAAAAUUCUAUUACACAAUUAAAAUUAAUUUAUAAUAUUUAAAUUAUAAAGUUAGCUACAAUUUUUUUGUUUAU